CUGAGAAUGGCUUCUAAAUCAAAGCCCUCGUUCUGCUUGGUGUUUGUGGGAGCACUGCUUGCAACAGUGUUGCUUCCAGAGUUUUUGGUGGCUGGCCCAGUGGCAGACCGGUCGAAAGCGGACGAGUCUAUGAAGGAGAAGGCGGAGGCUGCAGCCUCAGCCAGGAGACUGGUCCGCAACAGGAGGAACAUCAGCUGGUACAAACAGAACUCGGACUUCUGGAACUGGUACAAGUACCACACUGACAAUGGCAACCAGGACGCUGUUCAGGAACUCGACCGUAUCUACCUGACCUACCUGCAGAACAAGAACCGUGCCGAGGGCCGCCGCUCCUACAAGGCCUACCUGGGGCACCUGGGCGAGAUCUACAAGUCCUGCGCUGAUUCGGAAGACCCCGGCAAGUGUGUGGCGGCUUACACCCAGAGGCCCAAGCCUGAGCCAGCCAAGCCUGAGCCACCCAAGCCUGCCCCGGUGAAGGCCUGCGACCCCUACCGCGACCCCUACUGCAUGUACGGCCUCUACUCCCCCUACCUGGCUCCCCUCGGCGCCAAGGGCCCGGCCCCAGCUCCGGCUCCGGUCAAGGCCCCGGCUCCGGUCAAGGGCCCGUCCUACGUCCGCUCGCACGCCGUGCAGGACCCGCGCACCGGCUACUACUACUACACGCCGGUGCUGGAGUCCUUCCUGUCGGCCGAGCAGAGGACCGAGCUGCUGCGCAUCUGCGACGCCAAGGACGUCGAGUGCCUGCAGUACCACCUGCGCGCCGCCCACGGCUACCGCCCAGCGGCCGGGCCCCUGCCCUCCUACGCCCACCUGGGCUGCGACCCCAAGAGUGACCCCGCUUGCCUGGCGCUCCUCACGCAGAAGGCCCCCGUGCACGCGCCGUACCCGUACUGCAACCCCCACACUGACCCCUACUGCGCCUACGCCGCUGCCCUCCAGGCGGCCCAGGGCGGCGAUGCCCCGACGGGCCCGGCGGCCCAGGCGGGCGAGACGAAGAUGCCCUGCAACCCGCUGUUCGACGAGAAGUGCAACCCGCUGACCGCCUACAAGCUGGCCUCCGGCUCGGAGGACGCCAAGGACGAGCCCGCCUCGGCCGCCAUGCGCGCCGCCCCGCAAGCUGCCCCCGCCAUGGCGCCCCGCCACGACCCCUACGCCAUGUUCCGGGACGCGGCCGCCGCCAUGCAGAGACGCCCGGCCCCCCAGCACCAGGCCCCCCAGCACCCCUACAGGAUGCCGGCCGCGCCGCGCUUCCAGAUGCCCACCCGUCCGUUCCAGAUGCCCACCCGUCAGUUCCAGAUGCCCACCCGCCAAUACCAGCCACCCGCUCACCCCUACCAGCCCCCCGUCCACCCCUACCAGCCACCCACCCACCACGAGCCUGAGCCCGAGCCCCAGGAGGAGCGCCACCCCCUGGGCCCCCGCGGCAAGACCAAGGAGGGCUACGACUGCUUCAUCGGCUACGACGAGGAGUGCUACCCGCUGAGAGGCGCCCAGAGCGAGCCAGCGGCACCACCGCGCUCCGGCCCCCACCGCCAGAUGCCGUACCCGGCCGAGGCCUACGAGCCGCACGUCCGCGCCGACGGCACGCGCAACGGCGUCGUCGAGCCCGACCCCGACUGCGACCCCGAGUUCGACCCCAACUGCAAGCUGCGGCGCUACGAGCCGGAGGCCGCCGAGCCCGGCACAGCCCAGGAGGAGGCCCAGCACGCCUACCCAGCGGAGGAGCACCCAGAGCAGGCCAGCCACCACCAGGAGGAGCCCUCCCAGCACCAGGAGGAGCCCUACCCCGAGCAGCACGGCCAGGACCCCUACGACCCCUACCCCAGCGGCCAGGAGGACCCCUACGCCGGAUACGGACCCCAGGACCACGGAUCCCCCAACUUCCAGGACAUGCUCCGAGGCUACGGAGACCACUACGGGCAGGAUGACCACCGCGCCUACACAGGAGACUACAAGAAGUGAAACAGCAGAGAAGAGCAGUUUAGAAAAUAAAGAUUAUUAUUGAAAACAAUCAUGUGGACUGUAGAUUAAUGUAUGAAAUGCACACAUUAAACCAAUUCAAUCAUAAACCAAAUGAGGGUAUAGUCAGUAACAUUGUGGUCCAUCGCCACAUCAGGCCAAAGGAGUCUUCACAGCACUUGUAUGGGAUGCGUAUUUUGGUUUAUGUUUCAUGAAUGUGUGCUCUUAUAGUUGGAAGUAAGGAAAGUUGGUGGUUGAGCCCUCCCGAUGGAGAUCAUAUAGCUUGGGCUUCAUCCAUUCAGUUAAGUGACUCUUCACAUAUGGUCUCUAGAGGAGUUUUUUAGAGUAUGGAAAGAGAAUGUGAAGAUAGAUGGUGCAUCUUUGACCUCAGCAGUAGAUUUGUUUGCUUUUGUCCAUAUUUUUGUAUUUAAUGACAAUUAUUGAAAUAAUUGUCACCGCUUUGCCGACGUUUAACCAUUUAGAUUUGAAAUGCUUGUUUGUUUUACAGUGUGACUUUUUUAUUUGAAUGUUCCAAAUAAAAAAGCUUUGGGAAAC